AUGGUCUCUCACUCCUACUCUGCACCAGCUACUUCUCUUGGCGACGAUCCCAUAUUUGUUCGCACUCACUUCCUCGGCCGUGUCGCCUCGGAUGGCUCUGGCUUAGAAUACCAGCAUGAGCUCCUCAAGCGACGCAGCAGCCGACACAGCGACUUUAACCGUUGGAGUGCCAACUGGCUCACGCCCGUCCCCCACCUCAUGCAUUACGACACCGAUGAUACCAGCGACACGGAUGACGAUGUACUCGACCGUCUAGCGCACGCAACUUCGACGCCUGCUCCACAAGCCCGCAGCCGAUCUUCCACGCUGCCUCUCGCAGACGCUCCAUCCACCCACUCUCCAGUUGAGAUGCCUCGCGCUCGCUCCAUGACCGCACCCGAUGUCUCUUCUUCUUCUUCUUCUUCUUCCUCUUUUUCCUCCUCCUCUCAGUCGCGCGCUCUGCGCUCCACCUUGUCUACCGUCGGCUCCGAAUCUCGACUCAUGCCUGCACGACCUCUCAGCAUCGACACCGCCCAACCCCUCCGUUUCCCUACGCUCAACGUCUCCACUAUGACUAGUGACGGCUCGGCUCUCCACGUCAAGGUGCCCUCUCCCAUGCCAGUGGUCGCUCCAUCACCAAACACUUGCAGUCCGCCCGUCGUGCGCAUUGAAUGCUCCGAGUCAGAUGGUUCUUGUCACGGAGAUGCUGGCGACCAGGACCCAGAAGCUCAACUCGCGGCUGGCAUCAUCCGCCUUCGCGAGCAGCGUCGCUCCUCCUCCAAGUCACAGCGGCGUGCCGUUUCCAAGCGUCGUCCAGCCGUACAUUCGCCUCGAUCUGUCCCCAAUGUUGCACCCAAGCCCUUGGUCGAUCUCGACUCGGAUGAUGCUCAGUCUCGGAUCAUCCGAAAUCAUGGCAGCAACUUUGUUCUGCGCGUGGCCGAGAUGAUGCUCGACUUCGGUUCCUCCGCUCUCGAAAAGCUCGUCCUUUCGAGCACCACAGACUCGCUCGACCACAGCAUGGCGUCUCCCCUCGAGCCGCGCCGACGUUCAUCCACAACAGCCAAAGAGCUCUCGGCCGAAGCUAGCGAGCUUUUGCGUCGUCGUCGAGAACGCAUAGGCUCUCUCACGCCGGACGAUUCGGUAUCCGGGAUCGGCGGACCCACGAAGGCGGCCUUGUGUCGAUCCUGGUCCGUUCCCAAGCUGCUCAGUCUACCUCUUCUCAACCCCUCAGCCUCGCUCCGCGCCCUCUCAUUCACCACCGCCUCGACUCCAUCCACUCCCUACCCACGAACUGCCCAUCUGCACCCCAACUUCGGCUUUACAAGCACAUCUGACGAGUCGGCCAAGCACCAAGAACCCAACGGCUUUGACGAUGUCGCUGCUUGCUUCACGCGACAAAGAAGUACCUUCUGCAGUCGCUCCUCGGAUGGCGUCGAAGGCCUGCCCGAGACAGGCACCGUAUCCCCUCUCUGGAAGCAGUAA